AUAUUCCUUGAUUCGAAAGGCACGCACGCCAAGAGAGAAAAGAGGGUGGCGUGUGCUAUAUUCUCUAACGGUCUCACUUCAUUCUUCUUCUCUGCAAUCUGAAUUACACAGAAUCUCUCUGCUCUCUCAUAGUAGCAUUUAGGGUUCUUCCCGUUCCCAGGCAUGACAAUUCCAGAAAAGAAACCCAACAAAUUAGUGCCUUUCACGGAACAAGACGCUGCUAGAAUCGCACAAAGGUACGAUGCAACGACGGUGUUAACCUUACUUCAGGAGGUGGCUCAGGCUCAGUGUCCGAACGCAAAAAUUGAUUGGAAUGAAUUGGUGAAGAGAACCUCAACUGGGAUCUCUAAUGCCAGGGAGUAUCAGAUGCUGUGGCGGCAUUUAGCCUACGGUCAUGCCCUUGUCGACAAUCUCGAAAAUGGCGCGGAACCUCUGGAUGAUGAUAGUGACCUAGAAUAUGAGGUUGAAGCAUUACCCCCAAUAAGUCCGGAAGUAGCAUCAGAGACUGUGGCAUGUGUGAAGGUAAUGAUUGCUUCACUAAGUGAAUCAACACCUAGUAGUUCAACAAUUGAGGCUCCACUGACUAUACAUGCUCCAGUUUGCAAUUCAUCUAAAACUUCUAACAAGGGCUCACAAUCCUCUAGUUUGAUGCAAGGAACAGAGAUUAUUUUUCCGGUUACUAUUAAGAGACAGACACUGCCAGCUGUAUCAUUGACAGAUAAUAUUGAAAGCAAGGGAUUAGAUGGUAGCAACAUGGCUUCCAAAAAGAGGAAAACAGCAUGGUCAGAGGAAGAGGACAAUCUGCUACGAGAUGCUGUUCAAAGAUUUGGUGAAGGGCAUUGGGCUACCAUUGCAAAAGGAGGCAACUUUCCUGUUAAGAGAACUGCUAAACAGAUAUAUCAAAGGUGGAACUUUUUGCAAAAGAAAGAUGACAGUACCAAUUCAGGACCCAUCUUGACCAGCACGCGUUAUGAUACUGCUGAACAACAAGCAACUCGUCACUCAUUAUCUUUAGCCCUUGAUAUGCCAUUAAAAAAGUUAACUGCUCCCGGAAUGACCAGUUACGGUAGGAAAACCUUGAAUAUGUCAGGUAAAAAUUUGUUGCAGCAUGUUGCUACAGAGUCUUCACCGCUUCAUGGUCAUGUUGUACCACCUCAGCAUCCUUCUCAAGGGUCUUUUGUGGGGUCUUGUAGUUCCUCACUGAAAUCUACAUUAGUUCCUGAAAAACCAUUGCUGGAAGUUCAUCCAACUCUUAACGGUACAGUAAAAGGUGCCACCAUAGUUUCUGGUGCCCAAAUAGUUUCAACGUCAGAUUCUGGAUCACAAGUAAAGGUUUCACAUAGAAAUGUGGUUGCUACAACAAGUAGUUGUUUGGCAAAGUCAUCAACUCCUGCGUCAUUGCCUCCGGAAUCAAAGGUACAAUUUCAAACAGAUCCGAGUUCAGCACCUGUUUGCACCCAAUCAACUGUUGUACUUGCAUGUCCUGCAUCAUGCAUUAAGCCAGCUAAAGCUUCCUCUUUGACAAUGGAGAAGUCGCCUGAACAGGAAAAACAUGAUAACUCUGUCGUUUAUAAAGCUCCAACAAAGCAAGAAGUUAGAGUUUCUAAUCUUAGCCCUCUCAAAGAAGAUAAGACCAUAGUAAUGGAAAUUACAAGUAAGGAAGUAAUAGAAGAUAAAAUGAUAAUAAAAAAUCAAGUGGGAAUAAAUCAGGGAACUGCUAAGGAUACAAAUUUAAAAUGAGGAUCUUGAGAAUCAUCAAAUGGCUUAUGAUAGCAAUAUGAGUAUAUGACAAGGGGAACCUGUGAUUUAGAUCAAGAGAAAAGCUGAUCUUCAAUCAAUGGAAGAUUUGGGGAUCAAAUCAUGAAUAAGAAACAGGAAAAUUCUGUUGUAUGGAGCUAAAGAUGAAGGUAACAAUGGUCUGGAUUUGCUGAACAAUCAACAAGUGGUACUGAAUUUAGGUGACUAGGUUGUACAUAUGAAAAUUUUCUUUAUUGUUUCUUUCCCUCUUGAAA